CAGGGCAAGUCCCUGCCCACACAGUGCAGGGUGGACAUUUCUCAGGCUUCCACUUGCUGCUGGUACAUGGAGCAGAGGCAAUACCUGCCUGUGCCUCUGCACACUUGAUAAAUAACGCUCCAUAACCGGGUCUCAGGACAUCGAGAUGAAAGUCCUUAUCUUGACUGCUGCUAGGCUGCUGCUUCUGCCGGCCACUUUUUGCCAGAGUGGCACGAAAAAUGUUUCAGAGAACUCAGGACAGCCAACCUUAAGUAUUAAGACCUUCAAUGGAGCUCCCUCCAAUACCUUUGAGGAGUUCCCGCUUUCUGACAUAGAGGACUGGACAGGAGCCACCACGACUGUAAAAAUGAAAUGUCCUGAAGAAAGCAUCUCAACUCUCCAUGUGAACAACGCUACCAUGGGAUACCUGAGAAGCUCCUUAAGUACCAAACUGAUACCUUCCAUCUACAUCCUGGUGUUUGUGGUCGGUGUACCAGCGAACGUUGUGACCCUGUGGAAACUCUCCUCGAGGACCAAAUCCAUCUGUCUGGUCAUCUUUCACACCAACCUGGCCAUCGCAGAUCUCCUCUUCUGUGUCACACUGCCAUUUAAGAUUGCCUACCACCUCAAUGGGAACAACUGGGUCUUUGGAGAGGUCAUGUGCCGCAUCACCACACUCAUCUUCUACGGCAACAUGUACUGUUCCAUUCUCAUCCUCACCUGCAUGGGCAUCAACCGGUACCUGGCCACUGUCCAUCCUUUCACAUACCGGAAGCUGCCCAAGCGCAACUUCAGUCUGCUCAUGUGUGGCCUGGUGUGGGUAAUGGUCUUCUUAUAUAUGCUGCCUUUCGCCAUCCUGAGGCAGGAGUAUCAUCUUGUCCAGCCAGAGAUCACCACCUGCCAUGAUGUCCACAACACAUGCGAGUCUCCAUCUCCCUUCCAAUUCUACUACUUCACCUCCUUAGCGUUCUUUGGAUUCCUCAUUCCGUUUGUGGUCAUUGUCUACUGUUACACAACUCUCAUCCGCAAGCUUAACGCGCAGGACCGCAGGUGGAUGAGGUAUAUCAAGGCGGUUCUCCUCAUCCUUGGGAUUUUCACAAUCUGCUUUGCUCCUACCAACAUUAUCCUCAUAAUCCACCACGCCAACUACUACUACAACAACACCGACAGCUUGUACUUUAUGUAUCUCAUCGCUUUGUGCCUGGGGAGCCUGAAUAGUUGCCUAGAUCCAUUCCUUUACUUUGUCAUGUCAAAAAUUGUAGAUCAGCUUACUUCUUAGCCAACGUUGGCAAGAGCCUCUUAGAGAACAAGGAAAGAUAUUACUGAAAGUGUACCUGCUGGAGCCGACUUGUGCAUGGCAGCAACAGUCCAAUUUUUUUUGUUUGUUUUUUGUUUUGUUUUGUUUGUUUGAGACAGGGUCUCACUGUGUAGUCCUGGCUAGCCCAGAACUCACAGAGAUCUGCCUGCCUCUGCCUCUCAAGUUUUGGGAUGCACAACCAGGGCUGGUGAGAGCUCCAUUUUUAAGCUCCUUUGAAAUAAUGCUUCAAACAUCAAAUGUCAUAAAAUUAUUAGGAUCAAAAAAUACUUUGUCAGUAUUUUAAGAAUGUCUUAAUCUUAAGUAAAAUGAUCAUUAUUCUCCUUAUGACAACUGACACAUUUCUAGUUGCCUUCCUGAUUCUCCAGGCUUUAAAUAUUCCCUCCCCUCCUGUGAGUGGCAUUGGCAUCCUGGGAAUUCAGCAUUACUGGCGGCUCUUUGAGCAGCUAUCCUGUCAUGGUUGCAUCCCUCACCAGGGCCCUGUCUUCGUCCCACGUCUGCCUUAAAAUGUCCUCAUUGCCAGCUGAGCGGCAACAGAUCAGGCCAACCCUCCCUGAGAAUCUUUCUGAAUACAUCGCGCAAACCCUUCCCUGGACCCCGCACUGCUCCUGAAAUGACAAACCCGAGGGUGGCUUUCAUUACCAGCUGCCUAACAAGACCUGUGAAGCCACACCUACCAUCAAGUUCACCACCAACCUGCCCUCCCUCCCCUUUCCUACUGCCCCCUCCCCGCCCCCAGGGAAGCUCUUCCUGGCAUCUUUGCUUUACUCUGUCCUGCCUUUCAAGUCUUUAAGGAUUGUUCUUCCCUUGUUCUCAAACUAGAAGUGUCAUUUUCCUCAUUUGGAUUCCUUUUUUGUUUUUGUUUGUUUUUCAAGACAGGGUUUCUCCGUGUAGUUUCGGUGCCUGUCCUGGAUCUCACUCUGUAGACUAGGCUGGCCUCGAACUCACAGAGAUCUGCCUGCCUCUGCCUCCGGAGUGCUGGGAUUAAAGGUGUGCACCACUGCUGCCCAACCUUCAUCUGGAUUUCUAAACCAUUUUCUUAUAAUUAUGGCACUUCCACACACUCAAGCCUGCUAAGCUCAUUUGCAUAUGGACAUUAGUUCCAAUAAGCGAUUAAGUUUUCCAUGUAGUAAGAUCUCUGUACCUGCAAGUUUUACACCUGCAGAUUCAAACAAGCACAGACCAAAAACACUUGAAAAAAUUAUAUAAGCUGAACAUGAACAGACUUUUUUCUUUUCAUUAUUCCCUAACCAAUACAGCACCUUUAUACAGCAUUUAUUCUGUAUUACUCUUAUACCGCAUCUAUACUGUAUUAAGUAUUGCUAAGUGAUCCAGAAGUGAUGUGGAGUAUCUGUACAAAUACAAAUACAGUAUUGACAGUAUUCCAAAUUCCUACAGGGAUUUGGAAUCUGUGGCACUUAGUGUCUGCAGAGGUCCUGGAAGCCACCCAGGAGGGAUGAUGGAGAAGGUGGUGUCUGUCCUCCCUCCUUUGAGGCUCUUGUGGUCAUUCCAGGGCCACGCCCUGUGAGGUCAACUCCAUUCUUUGUAUAGCAUGUAGCUGAAUGAAAGACUAAAACCCCAAAGCAUUUAAACAGCACGGAGACCUAUUCAGUCCUUACUGACAAGCCAGUAUACCCCAUAUGACAUAAGAUGACAUCAUUUCUGAUUAGGCUUGUUUAAAAAAAAUAGAAGGAAGUUCAAUAUACUCAGAAGGUCAUUUAGCAAUUUAAAUAAUGCCUCCAGCUCCUUCCACCUCAAAUGGGAAAUGGUAUGGUAUUAUAAAUCUCCAGAUUAUUCCUGCAGAUAAGCCAUUUCUCUUCCCUGAGGGAUCCAAUGGGAGAUGGGACAUCAGUGGCUAACGGGGGACUGUUACUAGUGACUACAAAUGGAGUUGAGGGAACCUCAGAGCAUGCAGCAUUGCUGGGUUGAAAUUGUCAGUAAAUAUAGACAUGCGCCUGACGAAACCUUGUUAUAA